UGUAUUGAGGCCGGGACAGCGCCGGGGAGGGCAGCAGGGAUAUUAAUCACUUUUGGUUGCUUUUGUCAGUAAAAGGAUGUCUUUGUUCCGCUGCAGCAAUUUGCUGCGCAUGUCAGCCUCCCUCAGGCAGGCAUGCGUACCACAUAAAGUUAGUCCAACAUCAGUAAGGUGCUUCUCUCUAUAUGAGGUCGAUGAUGUGAUGUUCGGGUUGAAUGAGGAUCAGCAACAGCUGCGGCAAAGUGUGAAGGGAUUUUUCCAGAAGGAGCUGGCUCCUUAUGCAGAUGAAAUUGACAAGAAAGAUGAUUGGGAUAAGAGAAAGGAGUUUUGGCGCCAGCUGGGCAAGAUGGGCCUGCUGGGCAUCACGGCCAGCGCCGACUUCGGCGGCUCCGGGAUGGGCUACCUGGACCACUGUCUGGUGAUGGAGGAGAUGUCGCGCGCCGCCGGCGGCGUGGCGCUCAGCUACGGCGCGCACUCCAACCUCUGCAUCAACCAGAUCAACCGGCACGGCACGACCCAGCAGAAGGAGCGCUACCUGCCCAAGCUAUGCUCCGGCGAGCACUUCGGCGCGCUGGCGAUGUCGGAGGCGGGCAGCGGCUCGGACGUCGUGUCCAUGAAGACGCGCGCCGAGCGCAAGGGCGACGGCUACGUCCUGAACGGCACCAAGUUCUGGAUCACCAACGGCCCCGUCGCCGACGUGCUGGUGGUGUACGCCAAGACGGACCUGACAAGCAAGCCGCAGCACGGCAUCACGGCGUUCGUGAUUGAGCGCGGCCAGCCGGGCUUCUCGACCUCGCCGAAGCUGGACAAGCUGGGCAUGCGGGGCUCGCCCACCUGCGAGCUCGUGUUCGAGGACUGCUUCGUGCCCGACUCUCAGGUGCUGGGCGCGGUGGGCAAGGGCGUCUACGUGCUCAUGACCGGGCUGGACCUGGAGCGGCUGGUGCUGGCGGCAGGACCCGUCGGACUGAUGCAGGCCGCCUGUGACGUCACGUUCGACUACUGCCACCAGCGCAAGCAGUUCGGCCAGCCGAUCGGUCACUUCCAGCUGAUGCAGGGCAAGCUGGCCGACAUGUACUGCGACACGAACGCCUGCCGCGCCUACCUGUACAGCGUGGCGCGCGCCUGCGACCGCGGCCACGUGGCCGGCAAGGACUGCGCAGGCGUCAUCCUGUACUGCGCCGAGAAGGCCACCCAGGUGGCGCUGCAGGCGGUGCAGGCGCUCGGCGGCAACGGCUACAUCAACGAGUACCCGACGGGCCGGCUGGUGCGAGACGCCAAGCUGUACGAGAUCGGUGCCGGCACCAGCGAGGUGCGCCGACUGGUGAUCGGGCGCGCGCUCAACGCCGAGUACAAGUGAAGCGCCGCCCGGCCGCGGCGACGCCGGCGGGCGGAGGCGGGCGCGUGCUGAGGUCGGCACCGCCGGCUGGUGGCCCGGGUCGCCUGGCUGACCCUUGCUGUACCCUUGAGGUCAAGGCUGGGCUGCCGCGGACGCAGACCGCUGGGGACGAACGCUGGCGAGAGAUGGCUGGAUAUGCCUCGUACGUUCGUCUCGUACGUUAUCGACAGCAAGGCCCCGUGGUGAUGGGCGUCAAGUGACCGCUGCAGUUGACGCACCCGUAAAACCGCAGCGUCGUGUCGACCUCGUGAUGACCUUAGCAGCUGUGGGUGCAGUGUGACCUCGGCGAUUGACUCGCUCGGAAGCGUCGAUAAACAACGAACAAGACGUCAGGAGGUCGUGUAGUCGGUGGGAGCUGUGUUGCGAGACGUACGGAAACUGGACGGGUGUGGAGAUAUACCGCUGGAUGCCAAGUCUCGGUGCUUGUGAUAACAUGCGUUAGUGCGUAUUGAGUGAGACAUUUAGAAGUACGUCGUCGAUGAUGAUACCGAUCUGCUAUAUUUUUGUUAGUUGCGUUUCGAAACGGUCAUUGGAGCCAGUGCAAUACAUACGGGUGGUAGAAUGCUCGUUUCUAUCUAGGUUGCGGUUUCUGUUUGUAUUUAUGCAUGCUUUGUGUUUGAGAGCGUAUAGUGAGAUACCUUUAGGUGAGCUUUUUGCGAGAUCGCCGUGUAUAGAUAUGGUCUUCCGUGUCUGUGUGUGAAUUACAAACCACUCCUUAGGCGGAUGGAAUAUAAAACUGUUUUGAAAGGACGUUGAAUAGACGUAUUCUCAGAAACA